AUGGCACCGACCACCACCAACUUCCGCCUAGUCGCCGAAGCAGAAGUCCCCCGAGUCCUAGCGGGCACAAUCAUGUUUCUCCCUCCCAAAGACAAAAUCCCUAAAAGCGCCUGGACAGAUCCAGAACUCCUAGACGGGGCGUUCAACCAUCCAGUAGCCAUUGUAUCAUGUCCGCAGCCGAAGGAAAUACAACAUUCUUCACAUGUCGAGAUAGCCAUCAUGACUUCUUUCCACGGCUUAACAGUAAAAGCGCACCUAGCCGCCAAAGGCAUACACACCGCAUCCGGCACACUAGCCGCCAAGCGCUCUGGGCACUUGCGCGUCGUCACAGCGUCGAAACCACAUGCUAAAGACGUGCUGAAGUUGAGAGAUGGCAAGGGCAUGAAGAGGGAUAGCUGUUAUGUGGGGAUUCGCCGCACGUAUGCUGUCGAGUUGAGGGUGUUGGCGCUGUAUGGGUUUGGGAGAGAGGAGGUCGAUGCGUAUCGGCUGACGGCGCAUGCGACGAAGAAGUUGGUUGAGAGUGUGAGGGUGAGGGCGAAGGUAAAAGAGAAGGCGAAGGCAAAGGAGAAGGCGAAGGAGAAGGCGAAGAUGGUGAAGCAAGAGGGGGAGAAGAAAGGUAGUACGAAGAAGAUGCGAGUUGAAAGUGUGAGGGUGAGGGGGGAAGAUAGUGCAGAGAAGGGGGGAGAAGAAAGGGGCUGCAAAUAA